GCCAAAACAAUAAACAAAUAAAUAAAUAAAUACAUAUAUAUUCUCCAGUAGGUAACGAGUUAUUAUUUAUUAUCUUUCUCCUCUGGAAUCUCAAAUGCAAAAAAAAAAACCCUCAAUUGAUUUUGAUUCAUUCUACUCAUCAUCACAACCCAUUUCCACUUUUUUCUUUCCCUUUUCAACAUUCACACAUUCAUUCAGCUUCAAUAGCUUCUUUGUUUGCAAUUAGACAUUCCUCGAUAGAUAUCAUCGAAAGCCAUGAGGAUUUCGCGAUUUGGGUUUGUUUUAUUGGCGAUUUUUGUUACGCUAACAUACGCUGAUGACACCCCCAGGGUUUCUAAUUCUGUUUGUCCUCUUAAAUCGAUCAAAGAUUCAAUCUUUGCUUCUCUGUCUCCGGUUUGUCCUAUGAAUUCGAUUGAUUAUUCUUUCGGUGUUAUUGAGGGAGAUGAGAUGUCGUUGCAAAAGGCGUUAAAUACGGUUAACGCGAAUGCUGAAAGUUAUGCUGUGUUCCUAUUUUAUGCAUCUUGGUGCCCCUUCUCCGUAACGUUUAGACCAACUUUAUCGGCUAUGGCAUCCUUGUAUCCUUCGGUUUCUCAUUUUGCAAUUGAAGAAUCCGUCGUAAGACCAAGCAUACUUUCAAAGUACGGAGUUCAUGGCUUUCCUACUCUCAUUGUCUUGAACUCAACAACGCGUGUGCGCUACCAUGGGUCCCGGACUCUUGAUUCUCUUGUGGAUUUUUACACUAACGUUACAGGUAUUACACCUGAGUCUAUCGAUGACACAUCACUCGGUGAAACCGUACAUGAGCACGAGAAGAGAAAUAUGAGUGGGACUGAAAGCUGCCCGUUUUCAUGGGCCCAGUCCCCUGUAAACAUGCUUCAACAUGAAACUUACUUAACAUUAGCCACCGUUUUUGUGGUUUUAAGGUUGGUUUACUUGAGUUAUCCUUUUAUCGUGACAUGUGCUCGAGUCUCUUGGAGAAGAAGGACCCUAAACUUACGGUUCAAGAGCUUGUGGGAACAUCCUUUAUUGUACAUGAACCGAGCAAUACAAUUAUUCACUUCACUCACCGAGCCUUGCAAAAGAAGCAAUCUGCAUGGAGCCAUGAAUGCCAAGGCUAAGGCUGAAUGGGCUUCAAAAUCAUUAGCCUCGGUUUCUUUUGGGGAGGCGAGCACGAGCCGGGAUGGAGUUUGACUUGUUGACCUAUUUAAUUUACUUUCCUUUAUGUGUGGUUUCUUGAAAGGGAAGUUUUUGUCUAAUUGGCUUUGUGUGUAAUGUAGAUUUGUUUCAUAGUAAAGAGUUGUAAUAUGUGUAUUCUCGCCUUUUUCUAUUUAGUCAGUCAGUUGCUUA